AUGGGCAUAGUGGAGUUGAUCAUGAAAUUUGAGAGAACCAUUACUGAGGACUUCAAAUCCGUGGCCGAACUCUUUCAGAAGUUGCGCAACGUGAGAAACCGGCUGAACCGCCAAGGGCAAGAAACGCUGCGUGUGCCCUUGCUGCCAAGUCAGCUGAUGAUUGGGACGGUGCCUGCGAUGCUACCGGGCCAUCUUUGGGGACCUAGCGUCACAUUCUCGCAGGAGGAAUUCACCCUGGAGAAAAUUGAGACCAAGUUGAAGUCUAUCUUCGGCAACAAGAGUAAGGCCGAGAUUCAGGCGAUGGGCAAGAUGACUUAG